AUGGCCACUCCUCUUCUUUCCAGUAAUACAGCUCAGACACUUGGAGCUGCCGCGUCAAACAUUGCGAAUGAGGCCCGAUUCUCGUUUUUACAAAAAUUUCGUGAAGGGCGCUUAGCGAAUAUCAGACCUCUUGGUGAUUUCUUUGACAGGCACAGAUUCAGCUUUACAACCAAUUUCCAUACCAUCAGCCAGCGAUGGAAUUAUAAUUUGCAAUAUUUUUCAGCCAACUACUUCUUGAUUAUUCUUGCACUGGGUAUAUAUGCAAUUAUCACAAGCUGGUGGUUAAUCUUUACCAUUGUUUUCUUAUUUGGAGGAUUCUAUCUGAUUUCUCGAUUAAACGGACCUCUCACCAUUUUCGGUUCCACUUUAUCACCUUCUUCACUUUAUGCUUGCUAUGCAGGUAUUUCAUUGUUAUUAUUGCUUUUCUCUGGUGCUACCGGUGCUAUAUUUUGGAUCAUUGGCGCUGCUGCUAUUAUCAUUCUUGGACAUGCAGCGCUUUUAGAACCAGGAUUAGAGGGUGAAUUUUCGGCCGAUGUUCAAGUUUAG